ACACAAAACUGGGUCGUACAAUGAACUGGCCAUGCUUAGCAGUAGAUAUUUAGCACUAGGGGUAUCAUGAUGUGUGCUAUUUGUUAGUUAUCCUUAAGAUUUCAACAUACUGGAAGUGUAUAUUUUAAUAUUUUGUGUUGUUUGGGGCCUCUUGUGUAAGUGCAACAUAUCAACGUCGACUGCUUCCGCGUGUUACUACAUACUAGCUCCUCUACAAGAUGUAGUCUAUUACCAUUAUCAUUUUGGACGGACUGUGGCUUUCAGGUUUUAAAGAUGCAAUAUAACCGUUCGUGAAGACAUCUCGAAAUUGAUUUUUCUACCAAGGGAUAUAAUUCAGGAUAUUGAGAUCAACAUUUUGGUGAGCAGUCAGCCCUUUGUUCAUAAUUUUCACUGACUGAAACAGUUCUGGGAGCAACCUAUAUCUUUGUUUUGGAACAUGGGACGCGGAGAGCUGAGGAAUGAACUGUGUGGGUAUGAUCUUCUUUCCGUCCACGUUGUGCUUAGUAUGAUGCUUCAGUUUUAUGGCAACCCUUAAUGGAAGUAAUGGAUACAGUCAUACAACAAUAAUGAUCUUUUAAAUCUAUGAAUUAUCGGAAUAUAUUCCUGGGAAUUAUUUGUUUUGAAUGAUUUAUUGAAAUGACUCAAUUAGAGGCUCACGCGACAAAGCUAGUUCUAUUCCUGUAUCUGCAUAAUUUGGAUUGAGUUUGAGUUAAUGUAUUACAUGGUUAAAGACCCUGCCCUCAGCUGAUACCUAUACUUUUCACCAAGGCCGUGAUAUCCAUAACAAAAGCCGUUGUCAAACCUUAACCAUUAUCGGGCUACCAUAGAAGUGAUCCUGUUUAAAUUUAUGGCCUUCGAUGGCGUCUUCGAGCCCUAGAAUGUAUCGGACGACGUCGUAUGCCGACCGCCUCGAUGACGAGGGGCUUGAUCAUCUGCUGGAUGAGAGCGACGAUGAGCAGUUCAAGUGGGAAGGAAGAGGAUAUGGAUUCGAUGGUGAAUUAGGCAAGGCUGAGAAAGAGAGGGAAGAGCAAAGACGAAUACUAGCAAAGGCUGUCAAGUCGGGGGACGUAGACAAGCUAAGGAAGCUCUUGAAGAGUGUUGGUCCCGACGACGUCGUUGACUUGAUCAACGAGCACGACGGGAAGAAUUACAGCGCCCUCCAUUACGCCGCCGCCAGCAACAACGUGACAACCGUCAAGCUCCUUCUCAAAUAUGGGGCAGAUGUAAACAGUGUUGGUGCUGCAUGUAGACAGCCUCUUCAUCUAGCCGCUGCCGCCAGCCCACCCAAGGAAUCUAAAAAGGGUGAUUCCCCGAGGAAGACGUCAGUCGUGAAGCUCCUUCUGUCAAAGAAUGCCAACAUCAACUCUCAAGACUUCUUAGGACGGACUCCUCUCCAUAUCGCCAUCCUUCAUAAUAAUUCAACCGCGGAGGGCGUACUGCUGGCAAAUGACGAUAUUGAUAUCAAUAAAUUUGAUCAUCAUCGGGCGACGCCCUUGGUCCUGGCUUGUUACUAUGGGCGAUCUGACGUGGCGGCAGUCCUCAUCAAGCUCGAUGCCGAACUUAGCGGGAUUAGAGGAUUCGAUGAGAACAUGGAUACACCACUCCAUAUCGCUCUGAGGGAGAGACAUCUCAAGAUUGCCAAGUGUAUCGUGGAGAAGGGCAUUGUAAAUGGGAACAUAACUUCGUUGCUGACAGAAUCCAACAGGAACUGCGUUGAACCUAUCCACGAAGUUGUCAAGGGUGGUCAUCGGGAUAUCCUCAAACAUGUCUUCAAAGAAUGUAGCGACGUGAGUGACAUACUGAAUCGUUGGGACAGAAACGCAGAUACACCACUCCACAUAGCGACCUAUUGUGGUCAGUACGAGAUCACCAAGAUGAUGGUGAAGAAAGGUGCAGACCUCGACAGCAUGAACAAGGACAGACGGACACCACUGCAUCUUGCAUGCGCAGGGAACUUUCAGACGAUUGCCGUCCUCUUUGUAGAGAAUGGUGCUGACCUGAAGGCAAGCGAUGAUGAUGGUCUGGCGCCUCUCCAAGUAGCAGCAAACUCUAAGAGUCUCGACACCAUCGUGGCCCUCCUGGAACGAUUGAGGAACCUUGACCUACAGACAGCCGGGGGAAGGAACGACUGCUUAGGGCCAAAGCUACUUGAAUGGGUCGCAGCAGAGAACAAAGCAGAUGCUUUGCAGAUUCUUCUUCAACAUGGCACCAAGCUUCACGGAGUCAAGGAAAAUGAUGUACUGGGAUAUAUCCUUGAUGCAGCAAGUAAAGGUCACACAGAAACUGUUGUAGCGUUGAUUAACUGGAAUCGUGAGGUCCUAAAGAAGCGAGAUGACCGGGGUAGGACCCCGCUGCAUCUGGCUGCCGAGGCUGGUCGUGAAGCUACCACCAAUGAGCUUCUUAAGGCCAGACCACAUGUAGAUGAAACUGACGUGAAUGGCUUCACAGCACUCCAUUGUGCAGCAGAGAAUGGAUGGGUUCGAACGGCUGAGGUCCUUAUCAGAUCCAAGUACGACAUCAACAAGCAAACCACCGACAAUCAAAGAACUCCCCUACACCUGGCUUGUGGGUCAGGUCACUUUCAGAUGGCAAAGUUACUAAUCUUUAAAGAAGGCGCUGAUAUCUUGUUGUUGGACGGCGAUGGAGAGAAUUGCUUGAUUCAAGCUAUUAAAGGAGCUCAUGAAAAUGUUGGACGCCUCCUGUUAAGUCACGAGAAAUGGCGAGAUUUGAUGGCGAUCACGUGUUUGCAUCCCAACUCCACGGACGAGACAACCACGCCCAUGAGAGUCCUCAUUGAACAUAUGCCAGAUAUCGCCAUUUACGUCAUGGACAGGUGUAUAUCAUGGCAAAACAAGACCAGAUUGGAGUUUGACUUCGAACUGCUGGAUGACACGUUUUCACCUUGGAGAUUGAGACCCAAAACUGCAGAGAAAGAUGCAAACGACUUACACAUUAGUACGGCAAACGGACUGGAAGACCACCAUGUAAUCAGGGUUGCCUCGGUCUCCCUGGAGCCGAACGGCUUGACCAACGACGGGGCCCACGUUUCCACUGACGACAAUACGCCGAUCGAUGAUGAGGGGGUCGUGCCAGAGGGCGCACACAAAGAUGAUGACUUCCCCUAUGAAGAAAAUGGACGGUUGAAGAAAUAUGCAAUGCCUUACACCACCAAAGCCAGUGAGAUCAGAGACGCUCAUCCCUUGAAUAUUAUGGUAUCAUUGAAACGUGGUGAGUUACUCGCUCACCCCCUGGUCACCUCCCUCCUUCACCACAAGUGGACCAGCAACGGCCGUUUCUUCAUCCUCCUCUCCCUCUCCUUCUACCUCAUCUUCCUCCUCAUGCUGACGGGUUACGUCGUGGUCGUCCCGCCUAGUUUCUACGCCCGCUCGGCCAACACGACCACGGGUGUGACGUGGUUCGCCGAUGGCGAGGAGAGGUGGGUCGAGGAUGGGCUGACUCCUGAGGUCAUCAUAUUCGGUUUGCUAGGCGACUGGGUUGUCCUUGUACUCUCAAUCAUCAAUCUCCUUCGCGAGUUCUUGCAGCUCAAGUCGUAUGGUCUGUCAUACUUCAACUUCGGCAAUCUUCUGGAGUGGGUCUUGUAUACACUGACUGUCCUCUUCGUUCUUCCACUGAGUGAUAUACAGUAUAUCACUGGUAUCCAUAUCAGAAUGGAUUGGCAAUGGCAAUGUGGAGCAGUAGCAGUGUUUCUCGCAUGGAUCAAUCUUAUUCUCUUCGUUCGUCGGUUUGCUGCUCUGGGCAUCUACGUGAUCAUGUUGAUUGAUAUUUUACGGACAUUCCUGAAGUUUGUGCUCAUCCUUGCUCUGUUCAUCGUUGCCUUCUCAAUGGCAUUCUACAUGUUACUUAUGAAUCAGGAACCCUUUCAUCGGAUACAAUAUUCCUUCGCCAAGACCUUUGUCAUGAUGCUGGGUGAAGUAGACUUUGGUGAUAUCUUCCACGAUCAGAACUACCUUAACACGGAGAACACACUAGCGGGAGGUGAAGAGGAUUUCUUCCUUACCAAUUUGUUCUAUGAAGGAAUCACGUACACCAUCUUCGCUCUCUUCUUUGUCAUCAUGUCGAUCCUGAUAAUGAAUAUGAUGGUUGGGCUUGCAGUCGACGACAUCCAUGCUAUCCAACAGAAAGCAGAGCUCCACCGUCUUGUCAUGCAGGCCGAGUUGGUGAUGACGGUCCAGCAGGCCUUACCGAUGCGGAUUUGGAGAUCAGCAGUGAUCUGCCGGAAGGUAAUCGACAUGGAUGAGGAGCUGACGGGGCUUAGCAAGUACUAUCGGGCCUACCGCGGUUACUCUCAACAUGUCAAGAAAGCAAUUGCACGAGCUGAGGAAACGGCUAACAUGGUCGACAUGAGUCAGGAAGAUGAUUCCAACAACCGAUUCUUCUCAGACAUGACGCAUCGCUUGAAGGUGAUGGAGAGCAAAGCAGCGGAGGAGUGCGAGAAGAGGAACAUAGAAUUAGCGGAGAUACGAGCCGAUCAGCGGCUUCUUCGAGAUCGAUUUAAUGGAGUCGAGAAAAAGUUGGAUAGUUUCUUAAACGCGCUGACGGAUAUUAUGGAGGGAAGAGCCGCCGAUGCUGACUGAGACUCUACAGUUGAAUAACCGGACCAAAGGGUUCGGGAUUCGAAUCCAUGUCAUGAUACAAACAUCCUUUAGCAAGACAUUUAUCUGCAUGGAUGGUAUACAAGAAUCCACUAUCAUCAUUAUCGAAAAAUACAUCGUGUGAAAUAACUUUUAUACCUAAUUUGUUCUUACUCAGGUCACACGUUUGCUGAAUAUUAUUCGAACAAAAGUGCAAAAGUUACGGUUUCAAUAUUUGUAGUUAGUCAUCCAAAAGGGGGACUUGCAGAUUAAAAUCAUAUCUAAUACACUAUGAACAUGACGGACAAAGAAAGAGAACAAAAUAUACGGUUCCUCAUUCUACCCUCAACAAUUGCUGUGGUAGACAAGGAACAUCCCUUC